ACGGUGAAUUGCCUACAGAUUCAGCCAUUGCGUGGGGAUUUUCUGACGAUUCUGAACUUCGCCCAGCGCACCACCGUUGGAAGGCUGAGGCCGCCCCUCUCCUCGCUCCAUCGCCAGGAAACUUCCAGCUACCCCUUCCGCUCCUAGGAAAGCUAACGGAGUGCAUGAGAUAAAGUGGGUUCAGAUUUCCCUCGGCAUGAUAAACAAUGUCUAUGUCUUAUUCCGGAUGCGAAUCCCGAAACAUUUCCAGUCUACACGGAGGGGUUUCACUCAGUGGAACAGUACUGGACAGGCAAGUGACGGCGACUUCUCGCUUCUCGAUCCUUUUUCUGAGAUGCCGCCAUCACCUUGUUGGACCCGGGAGAAAGCAAAAGAGCCUGGAGGUCGGAUUGACCAGGAUGGUGAGAACAGCCAACUCCUACCCACCUCCUGGGCCGCCCGGGCGGGGCUGGACGGGGGUCGGCGCCCCUCCCCGGGGCGGGGCUCACUCUGGCUGUCCGCGCCCCGCUGCCCGCGCCGGGCUGCAGAGGCUACUGCGCUGCGGACCGCGGGCGCGAUGUAUCUCCGCAGGGCGGUCUCCAAGACUCUGGCGCUGCCUCUGAGGGCGCAGGCGAGCCCUGCGCCGCUCCGGACUGACGCAUCUCUUCGCUGGAUGUCAUCUAACAAAUUCCCUGGAUCAUCUGGAUCAAAUAUGAUCUAUUAUCUGGUUGUGGGUGUCACAGUCAGUGCUGGUGGAUAUUAUACUUACAAGAGAGUCACAUCAGAGAAAGCUAAACACAAGGAACAUAUAGCAAAUUUGAAAGAAAAAACCAAUGCUGAGUUACAUCCACUUCAAGGUGAAAAAGAGAACCUUGCGGGAGCGGAGAAAGCAAGUCCAGAAGCCCCUGAGAUGUCUGUAGCGGAAGCUCAGGUGGUAGAUGCUGAAGCUAUUCCAGAUGCGACAGUUGCAGUCAUGGCAGAGGCUUCAGCCUGUCCACAAACUGAGGAGGCUGCUCCAGCGGAGACCGCUGCAGUCAGUGCCGAAACUGGGCCAGAGGUCACAGACGCAGCGACUGGCGAAACCGCAGAGGUCAGCACUGAACCGCCCUCCGAGGUGAUGAAUGCAGCUCCGGAUGAAGCUGUGGCCGUCAAUAAUGAUAAAGGUACAACAGAUAAUGAAAGCUCUGGUGAAUAUGCUGAACUAGAAGAAGAAUCUUCUGCAAUUGAGUCAGAAUCCUCUGCGGGGGACGAUUUAGAGGAAGAAGCCAGUGUUGGCUCUGAGGCUGCCUAGGCUGAUUGACACUUCAGCAAAAAAAUGCGAUAGAGAGUGUCUGAGAGAUGCUUUUGUAGUUUUGGUAAUCUUAGUUUUAAAAAAGCCUUUUCUCUAGAAAAGUUUAAUGUGGCUAAGAGAUUUUUGGUAUCUACUGGUAGAUUUCAGGAUUGAGAGAUUUGAGAUUUUACAUGUCUGAACAGUUUUCUACUCUCUGAGAUCAGAAUAUGGCAUUGCAGUAAAGAACUUAAAGAGUUUCAUCUUUGGAUUUAAAUUUUAUUUCAUAGGAAUCGAGUUAUCUGUACAACCUGCGUUUCCUUUAAUUUUGCUAUACCUUUACCUUACUUUAAUGUGUGUAAA